GAAAUUUCAAAAAAUAACCUUCCAAGUAUGUAGUUUAGUUAUAAACUUAAAUACCCACUGUUUUGUUUAAUUAAUUAAAUAUAUUGAAACACUUUCCAACUCAUUGAAAAAUUUAAAACUAAAAAUGAGCGAUGAAUAUUUAUUAUUAUUCCACAAAGACGAUUUAAUAGAAAUUCUUAGCAGCAAAGAUAACUCAAAGCACUACUCUAUAAAUAUAAAUUUUAUUGAACUAUACGAACAUGAUGACGAAUUGGCUAGAGACAUAUUAAACGAUGCAGAGUCGAAUCUAGAAGCAUGGGAUAAUGCUGCUGUUAGAACACAAAUGUCCCUUUUGAAAGAGUUGGACAAGAAGGUUGAAAUUAAGGCCAAUGUUCAUUGUAGAAUAUUUCACUUAGCACAUUUGGCUUGGAAGUCGGCAUUUCCUGGAGGUAAAGAUGAAGGUACGUUUUUGCAAAUAUCUGGUACUGUUAUGAGAAUAACUGCUGCUAAAUUGCUUGAAUAUCAAAGAAGCUAUGUUUGUGUUAAGUGUAAAACUCCAACUUUAGUUAAGGCUGAUUACAGUAGAAAAUACAUGAUAAAGCAGCCUACACAUUGCAAGAAUCCUGAAGGUUGUCCAGGAACCAAUUUAGUUCAUUUUGGUGACAUAGACAGUGAGAAUUGUAAAGAUUACCAAGAAAUUAAAAUCCAGGAGCAAGUAAAGAAGCUGGGUUUGGGAUCUGUGCCAAGUACUAUGUGGGUAACUUUGGAGGAUGAUUUAGUAGAUUGUUGUCAGCCUGGGGAUGAUGUAACAAUAUGUGGUAUACUAAAAAAACGUUAUGGAGAGUUCUGUGUUGGUAAACGAACUGAAAUUGACCUUGUUUUCAAAGCCAAUCAUAUCCAAGUAGAUUCCCAUAAUAGCUUUAUUCCGAUAUCCAAUCCAGAAAGUGACAAUAUAUUCAACAACUUCUGGGAACAAUACAAAGACAACCCUCUCGAAGGUAGAGACGUGAUCCUAAAAUCAAUUUGUCCUGAAAUUUAUGGCCUAUAUCCUGUUAAACUUGCUAUGGCCACUGUAUUAGCUGGAGGGUGCUCUAUAGAAGAUACUACAGCUACUGGAGUUCGUACUAGGUCAGAAGCUCAUUUGCUUCUUGUUGGGGAUCCUGGUACAGGAAAGUCACAGCUACUCAGGUUUGCUUCAAAAGUUGUUCCAAGGGCUGUGUUAACUACAGGAAUUGGAUCUACUGCUGCAGGGAAAUCAAAAACCGAACCUGAAGAUACGGGCAGUUCAAUCAGAAGAACCGCUUCCUUAGAUACGAUAUAUCUUCAAGGACAAUGGCCAAAAGAAGGGUAUUAUUACGGGCAUAUGGGUACACUUCACGUGGACAAGGCUGUACAGACUGACGACUCGGAUCUGUCUGAUUCGAGGAUAGUACAGUGUUCAUCCGAAACUGACGACAAGCCUGAGAAACCUACCAUAAGAUCAAAGAUAUGGAAUACCAAAGAUUUAGGCAUUAGGCAUGGAUCUCCAGGCGAACACACACUGAACAGCAGUUCCCAAACUUUAUCCUCUUGUAUUUUAUCCCCGACCUUCAAUCCCGUGAACAUAGGUUUGAAACCAUUGCCAAAAUCGUCCAUCAGAAGCUCGGUGGAGGGUCUCAACCAAGAAAUUGAAAGGCUGGUAUUGAAGACCGAUAGUGAAGCGCACAUUAGCAGAUCCUACGAUCAUGACAGAUAUUCCGAGACGAUCCCAGAAGGACACAGAGCCCCAGUCGCGGAUCUUUUCAAAUUUGCUUCGAGGUCUAGGUCCGUGGACACGCAGACACCGCAUAAUUUUGGACACAGUUCUAACUCAUCAGGAGAGAGCCAAGCUUCUAGUCCGGAUCAAGAAACGAGUAAACUAGGAUCUUCACCACAGAUUAACAGAUUUUUAGCGAGAGAACCACCCGAUGGUUGCGAAAAGGUCCAGUCGAAGUCUCUGAACGACAAAAAGUUUUUUACUGUAGAGCACGUCCCGCAAAUUUGCACGUUCAAGCUGAAACCAAGCUUGGGAUCCGCUUUUCAGAUUUUGCAGCCCACCAAAAGCAGCAGCUCCGAUCAAGAUUUACCAUUAGUGCCCUCUCAAGAGUCUCAGAUCGACGAAUAGAAUCUAUAACUGUUUGAUUUUUAUCUAUUUCUAAAGCGAUGGAUUGCAAACGUUUCGAACGGAGUUCUUCGUUUUCGAAAUGUUUUCUGUCCGAUUUAAAAACGUGUAGAUAAUAUUUAUCUGUUUUACCGGGUUGUUCUGUGAAACGGCAUAGAUAAGGGGGAUUUAAAAUAAAUAUUUCGUAGGGGAAGACAAAGUGAAAUGUAAAUUUAUUUUUCGAUGGUACAAAAAGCGGAACAGCCCGGAUUUUUUAAGAUUUGGCAACAGUGCAAAGCGCUCUUUUAUUCGGUCUACUUUUGGCGUAAAAUUAUGUACAACUCUACGAGAUAAUCGACUUAAAUAAGCGAAUUGACAAAUCGGUUUACCAUUUUUGGCAAAACUAGGACGACCAUCACUUUCCAAAUAACCAUUUUAUGCCAUUUCCUUAUGCUUUCUAUGUCUUUAAAUAAACUCAGUUCUGCAGUAAAUGUCUUUGACAAUAAGUCAACGUAAGUAUGUGUAAAAAAAAGACUUCUAAAUGAUCACGAUAAUGUUCCAUGAGCAUUAAUUUUGAUUCUUUAUGUCAGUAUCUGCAAUGAUCGUUGUUACUUAAAUUAUUAUUUCGCUUUAAAUCAAAUAAUCAAAACGUUUUCUAUGUCAGUUGAUUGCGAUAAUGCUUCAUAAAUGUCAUGAUUUGCUAAUAUAUUAACGAUUUAAUUAAUACUCUACUUAAAUUUUAUUUUAUAUCACUCUGGAAGAAGCAGUUAAGAUACUGUGAAACAGAUGUAUCGUAAAGGAUUCCCAUAAUGCUUCAAAAACAUUAAUUUUGCUUCCCUAUGUAUGCCUUUUUACGAUCUACAACAACACACAGUCAAAUAAACUAAUAAACUAUUUUUCACCCUAAAAAUAAUCAAGAUGUUUUCUGCAACCCCUGAUAGCGAUAAUGCUUCACAGGCACCUUUUUCUCUCAACAGGACCUUCACUGAUAAGAUAGUUAAAUGUACUUUUAUGCCAUUCUGAAUGAAGCAGUUUCGACAAAGACAGAUCCUAUAAGCUUGCGAUAAUGCUUCAUAAGAAUUAAAUUUGAUUUUUAUUGCAGUUUAUAUUAACCUUUUCAUGAUCUUUACUGUCUCUUAGUUAAAUGUGCUGAUAUUUCACUGCCACAAGCAUUAAAUGUUUUCUGCGUAAACUAGUACUCAAGGAUCACGAUAAUGCUUCACAAAUAUUAAAUAAUAUCGUUUACUUGUUCUGAGUUAAUAAUUUAGUUGUUCCUUUACAUACAUAAUAGUUAAGCAAACUUCUAUUUCAUGUUUUGUCACCAGUAAUUAGAGUAUAUAUCUUUUGAUUACUGUUUAGCCCCAAUCGCGAUAUGCUGCAGAGCAAUUAAAUAUUUUUGCUACGUGUUACUUUCUUUUCAGUUCUAAAAAGUUCCUCUUUUGUUGUAAAAAUCCUUGCACGGAAAAAUAAUUUGAGUUUAAAAGUGUUUUCCACUAAAAAAAAAACUUCCAAAAACUCGCGGUAAUGCUUCAGAAGCAUUAAAAUUGUCCCUAUACAUAGUAUUUUCUUUAUUUUCUUAAUUCAUCAUUUAGAAUUUAAAUUUUUAUUUGAAGAAUCGAUUUUAGUAAUUAUUUUAAACAUUUUUAUUGUUUUGAAGGGAAUUUUGGUGCAAAAAACCUUUCCCUCUAAAAUUAAUUUAUAAAACUUCGCGAUAAUCCUUCAGAAGCAUUAAAAUUGUUAUCCUACACGUUAUUUCUUAUUAUAUCUUUCAUAAUUUUCAUUUGUAUUUGAAGGAUCCAUUCCAGAACAUAUUAUAAACCUGUUAUUCUGUUGUAAGGGGAAUUUAACUAAUAAAUACCUUUACGAUAAUGCUUCAGAAGCAUUAAAAUUUACCUAUACAUGUUAUUUCAAAGCAAAUCUUUGAGAAUUUUCAUUUUAUUUGACAAAUAUACUUUAAACAUUAUUUUAAAUUAUGUUAUAGUUUCUAAAAAGAAUUGGUGUGUAAAAAUGCUGUUGUCUGUUGCCAGAUUGUCUAUAUUAACAAAAAAUUGAUUACAGCUCAGUAAUAUAUGAAAUCGUAUGUUACAUUUUUGAAAAAAAAACUAUUUAUGUAGUUAACGACAUUCCAUAUAAAUUUUUUCAAUUGAAUUUUAGAGGAUUGUUUAUAUAAAAAAAAAUUGAAAUUAAAAUAGUUGUUAUAUUCAGGAAUGAACUGUAAUGAAGCUGUGAUUUUUUAGUAUGAAGAAAUGAGAGAUUUUUCUAAUUUUUCAUGGAUAUUUUUUAGUAAAUAAAAUUACAUGUAACAAUU